AUGAAGCUGCUUCCUGUUCUGACCUGCCUUUGUCUCCAUGUGGCCCUGGCCUGCGGGGACUUUGUGCAGUUCGGAGAGAUGAUUGUGGCGAUGACAAGGAAGACAGCGCUGCAAUACAGUGACUAUGGCUGCUACUGUGGCAGCUCUAACUGGCCUGUGGACCAGACAGACUGGUGCUGCCAUGCCCAUGACUGCUGCUAUGAGCGCCUGCAGAAGCUGGGCUGUGAACCCAAGCUGGAAAACUAUCUGUUCUCUCUCAACGGACACAACAUCUUCUGUGCUGGCAGAACCGCAUGUGAAAGACAGGCCUGUGAUUGCGACAAGAAAGCUGCACUCUGCUUCCGCCACAACCUGGGCACCUACAACCUUACAUACAACCAUUACCCCGACAAUCUGUGCACUGGACCCAGCCCACCCUGCUAA